CGUGUCGUCGUUCAAAUCGCGUUCGUCCUGCUGCUGCUAACUAGUGGAAGUCGAAAGUGCAGUAUCGGAUCAGAUUUUUUUCGGGAUUUAUCUUUUUUCGAGUUCGGAAAUUAUCAUGUUGAACGAUAGUGACGGUGUUCUGGAAGUGACCGCGAUUGGCCGGAAGUAACGCUUAUGCGAAUAAAUAAAAAUUCAACAAAGAAUAAAAUCUAUCUAAUGUUCCUCCAUAAAACCACUAACGCCUUUUGUGGACUUUUCUCUUCCCGACCGACCGAAAAUAAAAGUGCCGGGAGGAAACCAGCCGUAAAGAAAUAAACAUUAAUUAGUGCAUUUAUCAUCUCUCCGGCUCCGGUUGUUGGUUCUGCUGGACCUCACAAAGGGCCGACGACGGCCAUCUUCCCAUCUUCCCGAAGCCGCAGUUGGCCGCAGCAGCAGAACCAGCAAGCAACAAAUAGUGCCAGUGCCAGUGUAAUAGAGUUGUGUGGUGUGAUACCGACCCUAGAAAGGGGUAAAAAACUAGCUGGAUAGCUAGCUAGAAGUGAAGCUACAGUACCAUACAGGAAAAUAUUUCAACUUGCUGAUGCCGGAAGAAAAGAGCUAUCAUCUUCAGAAGACGAACCGCAAGGGGUAAGGGGCGGCCGCCCAAUCCCGAUCACCCGGCCACCCUUUUUACCCUCUCUCUCUCUUGUCUUGUUGGAAAGAAGACCAGCUUUGGAUUAAGGCAGGCACCACGUGGAAGAAAGUGGAACAACACACGGGUUCGGUUCCGGCUCGUGCAUCGAAGUGUGUUUUGGGAAGUGCAAACAAAACCAAACACCCGAAAUUCUAGUUGUGUUGAAAAAGGUUGAACAGAACCUUGUGUUGUGGAAGCUGCCCAGAUAGAUCUCGAUCUCGAUUCGUUUGGAACAAAAAAAAACGAGAAGGGCGGACUCACUCAGAAUGUCUCGAUUGGCGGACUAUUUUGUUAUCGUUGGAUACGAUCAUGAAAAAGAACGAACCGGUCUCCGGAGUGUCACCGGCAAAAUCCUGCAACGCUUCCCGGAAAAGGAUUGGCCCGAUUCUCCUUUGCAAGCAAUUGAGAUGUUUUGCCAACCACAGGGCUGGUCACUUUCGACCGUCCGCCAGGAGCCACAGUUCUUCGUGUCGGUUCUCACGGACAUCGACGCCAACCGCCAUUACUGUGCCUGUUUGUGUUUCAACGAGGCCAUUGCCAUCACCCCGAGCAAACCCAUCGAUGAGGAGGAAGAAGAUGACAACCUUUCGUCGACGAGUAGGGCCCUGCUGGCUGCGGCCAACAGUGGACCACCCUCGAUUACCCACCACAGCAUCAUGUAUGCGCCCAAGUGCUUGGUCAUCGUGUCCCGCAUGGAGUACAUCGAAACCUUCCGAAACUGCCUUGGGACGAUAUAUACAGUUUACCUGGAAAGUUUGAAGUAUCCGCUACAUCAUUUGAUCGGCAGUAUACUCGGAUGUAUACAGGUUCCACCACCGGGAGGUCCGCAGGUUCGUUUCUCGAUCGGAGCAGGUGAUAAACAGGUGCUGCAACCUCCCCUUUCUCACACACUUCCGGUAACGGGGUCCUGUGUAAGUUUGCUGUUCCAUCAGUUGGGCAUCAAAAACGUGAUGCUCCUGUUCUGCGCUGUGAUGACCGAACACAAAAUCCUGUUCCACUCGACCAGUUACUCUCGCCUGACCGACAGUUGUCGCGCACUGACUGCUCUCAUGUAUCCAUUCCGCUACAGUCAUGUGUACAUUCCGUUACUGCCAGCGCCGCUGGUGGAAGUAUUAUCAACACCGACUCCAUUCAUCAUGGGUAUCCACAGUGCGCUGCUGACGGAAGUGACCGAGGUGCUCGAUGUCAUCAUUGCCGAUCUCGAUGGAGGCUCCAUUCAUAUACCGGAAUCGCUGGUUCCGCCGGUAUCGAAGUUACCACGAUCAUUAUGGGAAUCCACAGAGUGUGCGCUACGGCUGGUUCUACAUCCAGAGUUGGCCCUAGCUGAUCUAGCAUUUCCAUCCAACAAUAACGUGUUUGGAUUUCGGGAAAAGAGAAACGACGAAAUGUUGGACAAAGAGAUUAGAGCUGUAUUUAUGAGAUUAUUCGCUCAAUUGCUACAGGGUUAUCGAUCUUACCUGACCUUGAUCAGGAUCAACCCGAAGCCGAUCAUUCAAUUCCACCGGGCUGGCUUCCUGGGUGCACGAGAUUUGGUGGAUUGUGAUUUCCUCUCACGGGUCUUAGAUAGCAUGUUUUUCACCGGAUUCGUCACGGAACGGGGUCCACCUUGGCGACCAUGCGAUGCAUGGGAUGAACUCUACAGUGCUAUGAACGAUUUGCUCAAACAAGAAGCACAAAAUCCAAACCUCGUUCUAACGCACAUCCAGGAUCUGGCCAAACAGUUAUUCACCAAUGAAAAUCCCUCACCUCAACCGUACCAGCAAAAGAUUCUACGUCCCCCGGAAGGUGCCUAUGCACGUAUCCACCAACCUCCGAUGCCAUUGAUCGAUGUACAAGAAGUUCAGAAGGUGAUCAACGAUGGUAUAGCUGCUAACGAUCUGCCCACUCGACUGCAAACUUUGCGACCAACGUUUCGAAUUGUUCCAAUGGGACCAUACCUUAAACCUGCACCCGAACUCAGGCCGGUCGUAUAUAACAGUGCUCGAAAGCUAGAAGUUUUGAAAAACUGCAUCAAUUGCAUUUUCGACAAUAAAAUUACCGAAGCAAGGAAAAGUUUUCCCGCAGUUCUCCGAAUUUUACAACAACGGGACGCUCGGCUCACACUCUGUAGGGAACUGGCCAAAAUUGCACAAGGAAACAAACAGUUGGAUCACCAGCAGUUUGAUCUAGUUGUAAAACUGAUGAACCGCGCUCUGCAGGACGAUUCGUCAAAGGAUGAGUUUGGAGUUGCGGCAGCCUUGCUGCCUCUGUCGACCACUUUCUGUCGGAAACUUUGCACCGGAGUUAUCCAGUUUGCCUACACAUGCAUACAGGACCAUCCGGUUUGGAGGAACCAACAGUUCUGGGAGGAUGCAUUCUACCAUGACGUACAGAAUUUCAUCAAGGAACUGUACCUCCCGAGACACAGUGCCGAGAAACCAUACAGCAGUUGGUCAACUGAAAACAACGGUUUGUCGCAUUCUCUGUCACGGGACAAAAUGGGCCCGGCACUGGUCUCACGAGCACAAGAACCAACUGCACUGGAAAUUGCCGCAGAUCAGAUACGAAAAUGGCCCACCACAGAUGUGGAGAAACAGCAAGAACUGAGCAGUUCAGAAGAGAAGACCCUCUACAGUCAAGCCAUUCAUUACGCUAAUCGAAUGGUAUUUCUGUUGAUACCGCAGGACGUCAACAACAGUGGGAAGGUGCAAAAGUAUGAUUCCCACAAUGACGACGAUGCCAGUGUGUCGAAUAGCGUGAUCGAGUCGCACAGUCACAGCGAUCAUAGCGAUGAGGGUUUCGAGGAGAAUGAUCCGGGUGAGAUUGGAUCGUCGGUUGCCAAAAUGGUUUGCAAGUUUAUUGAUCGUGUUUGCAACGAAGGCAACGUUACAACGGAACAUUUGCGCAAUCUUCAUCAAAUGGUCCCCGUGGUGAUCCAGAUGCACAUCGAAAUGCUGGAAGCAGUAAACCGGGAGGCCAAGCGGAUACCACCCAUUCAGAAACCUAAACUGCAAUAUCCAUCGCUGCUGACGGGCGAAGGGAUGAUUGGGGAACCGAUGCGGGUGUAUCUGUUGCCCGACGGUCGAGAAGACAAAGACGUGGGAAUGUCGAAUUUGCUUCCGGCCGAGGGAGCGCUUUUCCUCACCAACUACCGUAUAGUGUUCAAAGGUUGGCCCUGCGAUCCGUACUGCUGCGAGCAGAGUAUCGUACGAGCUUUCCCCAUAUCAUCGCUAACCAAAGAGAAACGACUGACGGUGAUCUACCUGCAACAUUUGGAACAGGUCCUGCAGGAAGGUAUGCAGCUGAGGUCGUGUACCUUCCAGUUGAUUAAGGUUGCCUUCGAUGAAGAAGUGAUGCAGGAAUCGAUCGAAACGUUUCGCAAAAAUAUCAAUCGGUUUCGGCAUCCAGAAGAUGAGUUUGGUCACUUUGCGUUUGCGACUACUCAUGGUAUUAGUAAUCCGACUCCGUUGAAGGUCAAAGAAAAGAAUGCCACCUUGAAAGAUUUUGCCAAAAAGACGUUGCUUCGGACGGCCAAGAAAGCUGGCUUUAAACAGAAAGGUGCGACAAAGCGGAAAUAUAUUUUACCGGGGGCAGAUUUUGAGGAAACCUACGGUACCGGAGGUGGAAUCAACGAAAAUCCAGAAGAUGAAGAUGGAUCGGAUGAAGGAACGGACACAAUCCCAAGGGUGAUAAUCAAGGAUGUGGAAAGGCUUAAGGAAAGAAGUUAUGUGAAAGAUUGGUUCAGAGUUGGGUUGGGUGAUGUUCAAACCGGCUAUCGCAUUAGCUCGAUCAACUGCAACUACAGCUUGUGUAGGACGUACCCCGCAAUGUUGGUAUGUCCGAAAGAUGUCAGUGAUGAUGCGUUAAGAAAUUUGUCACGAUGUUACAAACACCAUCGCAUCCCGGUUGCUACUUGGAGGCAUAAAAAUGGGGCUACAUUGUUAAGAGGGGCGGUACCAUUGGCUAAGGGAGUUAUGAGUAUGCUCAAGGGUCACCCAGGAGCUACAAAUACAUCGGCUGACUCUGCAAGCUUCCAAGAACAAGAUCGAUAUUUUGUGUCAGUAAUCAAAACUACUCCUCACACACGAACUAUCAGACAUACGUGGGGACUUUCGGACUCGAAUAUUUCAUUGGACUCUUUGGCUCUCACGGCCAACAGUUUGAUGAACCGUACGGAAAACUCCACUUUGACACCGGACGCAGGCCGGCGGAACAAUGUUGGUCUCUACUCCAUGAACAACUCAUCCUUUUCCAGCUUCGGGGCACUCAGAUCAAAUCCCAAGCAAAACAAAUGGGGUUCUUUGAAGCCCGGAGGUCAUACGAGUGCUACCACACUUCGCGAUGUCAACAAUUGGGACCAGUCUCAACAGUACAGUUUCCAACGUGUGCCAUUAUACUUCCUCGGUGAAAAAUCGCAGUCUAAGUCAGCCAAACUAUCGGAAAUGUACGCCGAGUUCAUCCCGGUGGAUUAUACCGACGUGCGGCACUCGCGAACCGCGUUCAAAAAGCUAAUGAGGGCUUGUUUACCAUCGUGUGUUAACACUGAGCCCGACCAGACAUUCUCCAAGCUAGUGGAACAAUCCGAAUGGCUUCAACAGAUCCGUGGACUGCUGCAACUAUCGGGUGCCGUUGUCGAUCUCAUGGACCUACAAGAAUCCAGUGUUACGCUUGCUCUCGAAGAUGGCUGGGAUGUUACCGCACAAAUUUCGUCUCUUGCCCAGCUUUGCCUUGAUCCUCAUUAUAGAACUAUCGAAGGUUUUCGUGUUCUGAUCGAAAAAGAAUGGCUUGCUUUCGGUCAUCGAUUUGGCCAUCGGAGUAACUUGAAACCCAACAGUAACUCCGGUUCUCCAUUUGCGCCCACCUUUCUUCAAUUCUUGGACGCAGUUCAUCAAAUUCAGUCACAAUUCCCUCUGGCUUUCGAGUUCAACGAAUUCUAUCUACGCUUCCUGGCUUACCAUCACGUGAGCUGCCGUUUCCGCACAUUCCUAUUCGAUUGUGAACUGGAAAGGGUAGAUUUUGGAAUCACCGCCAUCGAUGACAAGCGAGGAUCGCUCAAUUCCCACCACAAACAAGUAGUGGAAACAUUGACGGUUUCUGAUGAUGACAACAUCUACCCGGGCGGAGUCGGAGGCGGUGGUGUUGGCCGCGGCAAUCACGCUUCGAAUACCCAAAAGUUUGGUCCAUCGCUCUUCGAUUACAUCGAGCGACAGCACGCCAAGAAUCCCAUCUUCUACAACUUCAUGUACACUCCCGAUCCGGAACGACAAGUGUUACGACCGCAAAGUUCAGUUUCAGUGUUGGAAAUUUGGUCCUACUUCUUGGAUGAGGAGCUGGCCCAAGGACCACCCUACGAUCCAGAACUGGUGGGCAAUGAUACGUUGGAUGAGGACAGCGAUUACGUUAGCAGCAGCGGAAGUCUGGCUAGCAAGCAUCCCAGGCGGAAGGUCGUAUCGGUCGGGUACGACAGCUUGAACAUCUAUGACGCGGAUGCUUUCUCGCGGCUGCUGGAGGAGCUUAAGAACGCCGAAGCCGAGCGCGGGUUGUUGCCACAAAAAUGGCGCCAAGUUUGGGAUAAACUUGAACUGCCACACUCGGAUUCGCUGACGCGACAUGCCUCGUUCAGUUCGGCCCUGGUACGUUCCCAUGGUCGUCUGCUGCACAAAAGAUCUACACUGGAGAUUAUAAUGCGUGGAAGGCAGGCAGGCUAUCACCAGGAAAACUUCCUCCAUCCUCAUCGCUUCGAGAAGCACGCCUAUUCGGCUCCCAUUAACUGUAAUCACUGUGGAAACGUGCUCUGGGGUCCACUGCUGAAUGGGCUUCGAUGCGUCGAUUGUGGCAACACCUACCACGAGAAGUGUGCCGAAUCGGUACCGAAGAACUGCACCAAGUACAAAGCGGUCGAGGGUAACCAGCAAACGUUGGCCCGGAACCAGGGCGACAACAACAGCGUCUCGUCGAGCGUCAACACCACCAACACGGCCAGCCACCAUUACUACGAUCAGUUCAGCAGUAACGUGGCCGACGAUCGAACUCAUGAGGGUUACCUAUACAAACGGGGAGCGAUUCUGAAGAACUGGAAACAGCGAUGGUUUGUGUUGGAUUCCCACAAACACCAACUUCGGUAUUACGAUGCUAUGGAAGAUAGCAACUGUAAAGGAUUCAUCGAAUUGGCCGAGGUUCAGUCAGUGGCACAGGCACCGCCUCAGGCCGCUCCUGUCCCAUCGAAAAAGAUUGACGAGAGAGCAUUCUUCGAUCUGAAAACGAGUCGUCGUACAUACAACUUCUACGCCGUAGACGCCAACAGCGCCCAGGAAUGGAUCGAGAAGAUUCAAGCUUGUUUGCAGUAAAUGUAGUCUGGCAAAUUUCAUCCCUCCUGGCCCGUUAUCAGGAUUUCUCCAAAGUAGAAGAUCACAUUGCCAUUAGGACGGCAAUAAGAGCGCCCCAAGGGACAUACUCAUUAUAAUGAUUUAUGGUAUUAAGCAUAACAUAAUACAGACACACCGGGGAAAGAACUCUCGUUUUUUGGGUAGCGAGGCAAAAAAUCAUAUCAGUAACGUGCACAUUUAAAAAAAGAUAGUUAAAAUUUUAAACGAUUACAACAACUCUAUUUGCUUGAAAAAAAAAAGAAGUUGCAUUUUAUACCCUCGAAGAAGCGUAUUGGAAGACGAUAGACAAUGGUUCAUUUGUGUCGAAUAGAAAUUAUUUUUAGUGAAAAGAUAAGAUGAAGAAACGAAAUGUGAGCGAAUAUUCACUGAUAAUACACAUUGGCGGUAAUGUCA